AAGCACAAAAUUGCUUCCACGUGAAAUAGUUCUGAAAUAUUUGUUGAAAAAUAAACGCUUUUUAGAACGAAUAAAAAGAUGACAAGGUUUGCAAGAGCUGGGAAAAGAAAGUUUUUAGAAGCAUCAACUUGGGAUGAUUUGUCAGCAAGUAAGCUUGCUUUUUAUAAUUUGAAAUAAAAUUGGCAAAGUAUUUUGAUAAAUUUUUAACACAUCUGUGUUCACUGUAUAGACAAGCCAAGUGCAGAACCAUCGCCUCAAAAGGAUGAAGGUCACUUGUCAACUAAAAAGAAGAAAUUAUUUUCCAAAAAUAAGAAAGGUCACACACAAGAGAAAUCUGAGACAACCAUCCUAGAUCCUAAAAGGCAAAAACAAAUUGAAGCUCGAAGACUAAGAAGAAAAAAACAAAAGGUGAACAGAUUCAUUCACUUUUUUAUAAUUUAUUCAAGCUAUACCCCUGCAACAUUGCAUUUGAUAGAGUAAGGGGGACACAUCAUAUUCAAGCUUUGAAAAUGUCAAGCAUGUCAUUCCUUACGGCAAGAUAUUUAGAUUUAUUUUCGGAAAUAUUACACUUUACCGUACCAGAGUAAAUCACUGAAUACAUACACCAUCAAAGCAUGUGAUUAAAGAACUGGAAAACUCGCCAUGAGAAUACACGCCCAUCAAAUACUUGCAGUACACAGGUACGAUAAACUGUAAAGUACCCUAAUUUUCUUCGCUUGCUGGUUCACUUGCUGGCUUGUUUGCCAAAAGUAAAAUUCAUGAAAACGUCAAAGAAUAAAUAUGUUGACGCAUCUACCCACUCAAAACGUCAACUUGGUGUGGCAACUUGAAUAUGGAUAAAGUGAUGAAUUUGGGUGUAUUUGCUAGGACAUAUAUGUCAUAUAGGUAGGACAUAUCCACCCCGUACAUAAAUUCUGUCCUCUGCCUUGCUUGGCUAUUGUUAUUUCCCUACUAAGGCCUCCCCACCCACUCACUUCACAUAUUUUUGCUCUCCCUCUCUAUCUUCUCUAUGUGUGAUUAUUAUAUGUCCUACCUCCUUAUGUUUUGGCCUCUUGUUGCUUGGUUUUGUUCUCCUUGUCCUGAGUAAGAUAUUAUUUUGUGUUUCAGUGUUGUUUCGUGUGCAGAGAACGUGGACAUCAAGCAUCAGAAUGUCCAAACAAGAAUGAUAUGAAGAUUGGAAGUUGUUUUAAAUGUGGAUCUUCUGAUCAUACAACCAAGAAAUGUAAAGCGAAUAUUGAUGAGAAGUCCGCAGGUGCUCAAAAAAUUACUCCUAUUAUAAUUGUAAAUAACUAAAUAUUUAAAAGUGAAGAAGUAUUUUGGCGAAAAUGUUAUGUCAAGAGAUUGGUCAUCUUGUUAGCUGUCAGUUAUUGAGCUCUCAAAAAUAUGUAUUUUCUUAUAUAUGCUGUUUCAAUUCCAGGAGCUUUUCCAUUUGCAAAAUGUUUUAUUUGUCAAGAGAUGGGACACUUGGCUAGAUCGUGUCCUGAAAAUCCAAGAGGAUUAUAUCCAGAAGGUAGUCGUGUUUUUAUAUUAACUUUGAUUUUGAAUUUUAACAAUUAUAACAACCUUUAUUAUUGGUUUUGAACUAUUUAGGUGGAGGGUGUAAGAUUUGUGGCUCUGUUGAACAUUUGAAACGAGAUUGUCCACAACUUUUGAAGAAAAAGAAUAAAGGUAAAACUACUGAUGUACACAUAGAUAAUUACCACAUAAAAAUUUUAGGAGUGAGAAAAUAAUGCCUUUCAUUGUAUGUGGUAGUCUUGUAUCUCAUCUGAAACUUCCAGGUACAGUAAAUGUACAUGUAUACAUAUUAUGUUGUUUGUAACUGCAGAUAAUACAACAGAGUCAGUGAGUCUGACAGUAACCGAAGGUUCAUCCCAUCACAGUGCUGAUGCACAAAACAAUGUGGAAACUGAAAGUCCUAAACAGAAAAAGAAACAUGGAAAAAGAAAAGAAAAAGUUAUAAAUUUUUAAGGUUAGUUGAUUUUUAUUCUGCUACAGACUGUAGUUUUAGUAGUACAUUAAUAUGUUUUUAAACCUCAAACAAAUGGAAAAUAGGUCGAAGUAGAAACCGUCUGAAAAAAACUAUUUUUAUAACUUAUGUCAAACUAUACUACAGUUAGAUGAAAAUUCACGCUACACGUUUGAAUUGUUAAUUAAUUGUGAUAGGUCCUUUGUAUGUUUGCAUGGCGAUAAAACAUAUGAUAGUUUUGUUUGUGGAAACACCACAAUAAGGUGGUGAUUUAUUACAUUUGCAGUAAUAAAUUUACGUGGUGUUUCCAGAAACAAAACUAUUAUAAUUGUGAUAGAUCGAUAAAUAUGCUCAUAGGUAGAUACAUAUGCUCAUAAAAUUAAGUUUUAUGAGCAUAUUAGCGUUAGUUUUUUUUUAAAGUUUUUAUUACAAUACUGCAUAUAUAUUUCAAAUCUACAUUUUCUCAUCUUAACUUAUAUAUUAUUGUGUAUAUGUAUAUCUCAAUUUUAUGGAAAUUAUAAAUAAUUAUGAUAACAUAUUAUUCCCUUAGGUCCUAGGACAGCAAAUUUGUAAACAAUCCUCAGCACCACAGAUAUUUUACAUGAAAUCAUAAAGUCAUUAAUAAUUCGUAAAGAAAAUUUAAUUCAAAAGAAAUAAAUAUUUAGUCAAUAUCUGCAGAUCUGAUGCAUGUUGAGAAGUCUGGAAAAUGAAACACUUGUGUCUUUUCCAUUACAUAUAAAUGAUAAAGCGUUUAUCAAAUGAUAAAAUAAUUCAUCGACCACUCCAUAUUUUCUGCAAAACACUCUUCACUGCCGCUCGCAUUUUUCUGUUCUUAUAACAAUAUAUAAAAGGAUUGACGAGCGCAUUAAACAGGGCAAUGGUAUCCGCUAUUGGCACGUAAAUGAACAACAAAGUCGCGUCUGGUUGUUGUUUAAACGAAAGGUACACCAAUAAUGCAGCAAUGGGUAAAUAACAGAGGGUGAGGAUUGCCACAAUAUAAAAUACCGUCCAUGUUGCGUUCCGCUCUCUUGUUUCAACCGUAAGUUUUGUACGAUCAGUUGUUUGGUGAGUGUCUUUGUUGGUUUUGGUAACAGCUGUAGGAGGGUCACUGGUAUUUUUAAACUGACUACUAGAAGGUUGAUCUUUUGCUACAAUUGUCUUUUCGUGACUAGUUGCUUGUUGAGCACUUUUGUCAGAAGCUUGAGGAUUAGGGCUGGUAGAGCUGCCACCAUCACUUGUGUUUUUAAAUUGUGGUGAGGUGUUAACUUCUGUAACUUUGUGUUGUGCAUUUCCUUGAAGUUGUUGUACAUUUGUAGCUUGAAAGGUAUCGGAGCUUUCUUGUUUUAAAUCCGUGCUUGUGGAAUUGUUGUUGAUGUCAGUUUUAACUUGAUGAGUUAUGAUAUCGCCUAUCAUAUCGCUACUGUCGUGCUGACGUAUUGACGCCUUGCUUGAAACUGUAUCAAGACUACCUGGUAGGUUUUUGGUGCUUUGUGUCUCGAGAUUCGUCUCUAUGACAUGCAGUUUCCCGUUUGAAUUGCUUUUAUCACUAUGCAGUUUUUUUUCGCUGUCAUUUGCUACGCGUUUAUCACUUGCUGUGAUGCUUGUUGCAUUCUGAAACAUUUCUGAGUCUGUUGCCUGUUCAUUUUUCUCCUGACGCUUAGAACCAAUUUCUUUCUUUGAAACAUUAGACAUUUCACCUUUUCUUGACACCACGUGACUUUCAGUUGAUCCAUCUGACUUCACAGUAGGCUGAACAUUAAUUUUCGUCGACUUAACCCCACUUUCUGAACGCUGAAUUCCAACAUUUGUUAAACUCCGUCUUUUUCCAUUCAAAACAUAAUUCACGCUUUCCUCCGUCUUUGAGUACAUAACUCCAGAGUUGUUUGACUCCGAGCCAAUACACCUGGAGUUUUCGUACCCUACGGUUAAUGACCCCGGGUUUCUGGACCUAGCGUUUUGGUACCCUACGGUUAAUGACCCCGGAGCAGUGGACAUGAUAGACCCCGGAGAAGUUGACAGCCGGGUUGGUCUGCUAUGCAGCCUUGCUAGUUUCCCAAUCUUAAAAUACAUAACAAGAUUCCCCAUCAACAAUGAAAACGCGACGAAGGUGAAGAAAGUGUAAAAGGCUGAGGUUAUUCUUUGGAAAAACGAGCGUAUCAAAAUAACCAAAAACCAUACGAACCAGAUCAGUAAUACUACAUAAAGUAAACGUUGUUUCGUGGCCAUUCUCCGAUGAAUAAUCGCUUUAAACAAAGCUAAGUAUCUUUCAAUUGUUAUCAAAGCCAACGUCAUGAACGACACUGGCCGAAGAUACUCGAGGAGCCGACGAACUAUAAGAAUAUAUACACACGAAGGGAAGCCGUAAAUUUCCGACAAAAGCCGAACAACGUAUAAAGGCUCUAGUACCACCGCCGAAACGAAGUCCAGAAAUGCCAAGCAUACUAAAAGCAGCGUGUUCGUACGUUGUAGCGACUUCUGUUUUAUGUAAACAUAGAUUAUAAGACCAUUGCCUAAAGCAGAUAGCACUGAAAAUAUAGAAAGCGCAACUAUGACUGAUAUAUAUGUGCUGAAUGUGUUUCCAGUUGGACGAACUUGUAAAUAGUAGAUCCCUAGGCAUCGGGUGAAGUAGGCGUCGCUUUUGUUUGUGUCGUUGUAUUGCAUUCUGUAGAGAACUGGUUUGUAACGCCAAUGUAAGAUGAUUUUCUUUGUCCAAUUCAAGUGACUCCUAACUUUUGUAAAAAUUUAUCCUUUCAAUAUUUAUCCUAAUAUACCAACGUAUAGCAUACAACUUUCAUUCAAUUCCUUUUUCUUGUACUGUUACUGUAAAAAAAAUGUUUUAUUGUUUCCAAGGCAGCUGUUGUUUUUGAACUAAUUUUUUCAAACGAUGUAUAUAUAGUGGGAUUAUUUACUUUGUUUCAAUUAGUGACUCCUUGCUUUGUUGUUGGAAGAACUUAUCUUUUCAUCAAUAUACGCUGUUACCUUCGAUUCCUUUUAACAAGAUUGUUUCAAAAGGGAUCCUUGUCGAGUUGAGUUUUUCACAAUUGUCAUCGAUGUUUUCACGAAAUAAGCCUGUAUACCCAGUACACGUUCUCUUGCAAACAAUCUGGUACCCGAAAUUGUUUGAUAAACCAAAGUUUUUUGCUAUGUACUUCCAAAGAAUUCACUUUGUCUGAAGUGUCCUCAAAUAGAUCCACUUUCCAGCUCUUGUUAAAACAACAAAACUUUAUCUUUUCCGCUUAUAAACUGUGGAAUUAGUCCUCUUAAGCCAAUUUCGUGUAUUAUUCCCAUAUAUUACACGUACGUAUUAUAUUCCAUCAAAUUCUCAUCAUUACAGCAUUAGAGUGCGCUGUAAUUCCGUUCAAGAGUACACAAUUGGCGUAGUUCAGUUCUACAUUUUAUCUGAAUGAUUGCUGUUGGGACAUCUUGCUCUGCGAAGACAAACACUUAUGUGUGGACUCUAUUUUAAGUUCUUCUCCUCAAUUUUUAGCUGAUUACUGCAUUUGUGUUUAUUUUGCGCUCACAUGGAAUUAGUUUGAUAUUUACAAGCAGAUUAGAGUUUUUUGUUUAAUUCACACCUGCAGACGACCGGCUGACAUCUCUUUUAUACUCUAAUGUGAUGAGGCAAAAUUUGCUGUCGCGCGUGAUAUGGUUUGUGAACUAAUUAAUAUAAUUGUAUGUUGUGACAGGAUUUUGUAUUCACGACAUUCGUUGAAGAAUUCAUUUACCUUCAAAAAUAGAAAAUACUUCUUACGAAUUUACGUGAAUUUUACAAAACUUUGACCUGGGAUAGACGCCUAUAUAGCUGUUCCUCAAUUGUCCCAUGAAAUAAUUGAGGAUUAAUUAAUGUAACUGCUUGUUGUGAGACUUGUGACAAGCUCAAAUUGAUGUAAAUUUCAUAAAAUUUUGAUCUGGGAACACGCCUAUAGCUGUUUCUAAAUUGUCCCGUGAAAUAGUUGAGGAUUAAUUAAUGUGUAACUGCUUGUUGUGACAAAGUCAGAUUUAUGUAAAUUUCAUAAAUUUUGAUCUGGGUUAAGGCUUAACUUUAGCUAAGCCGAUAGCAAUUUGAUAAUGCAAUUUAUGCACUUUCCGAAGUUGCUUUAGUGCACACGACACAAUAGCUUGAAAUCGAGGUGGACAUUGUGAUCCAUUGUAUAAAUAAGUAGCUUUCAUUGACAGCCAAUAAACUCAUGCAGGAAGAGUAUGUUAAUGCAAUUUAAUUUUUGGGAUAAGUCACAUGCCUAGUUAUACAAUGCACAGAUUGUUCUGAUGAUAUAAGCACAGAAUACUAUACAGAAGCAGUCCCCCCCUGGACAUUUUGACUGCUUCUGUUUACGGUACUUGCUGAGUGACGAAUCAUGACGAAUAAGCGAAAAAAACAAUGGAGAUGGCUUUCUGUGUAGUAUUCUGUGAUAUAAGCAUACAAUGCACUGUAAAAACAGAUUGGUUGAAACAGAUUGGUUGUUUUAGCCAAUCUGUUUUGCAGUGUGGCAUAAAGGUGACUAAGCAUUUAAAAAAAAUAUGAUUGAAUUGGAUGGCAAUUAACGAGCAUGCAUAUGAAUACAUAUUCAUUGCCUGAUUACGUCCAUCAGGCAAUUCUUGCAACCCUUGCUAUGUUUUAGUCUACUGACUGGCUUGCUCACAUCCAGCAUUAAUUUAGUUUUAGAUAUGUUCGACAUUUUCCUAUUUAGUGUAUUGUUCUCCAAAAUUUGCUAAUAUUUCUGAAGUUUGCACGAAGGCAAUUACUUGCUAUGUAAACAGCUGUAUCUGUUCUUCAAUAUGUGAUAAAACGUGUCAGAUUUUUCAUUAAAAGUCUAUUCCUAUGACUAAUUAUAUACUCGAGCGGGUGUUCGUUAUUGAAAGCUGAACUAAUAUGUUUCUUUAUUCAUAGUAUGGCCUUUGUAGUCGUGUAACUAAUUCUAGUUUGUGAAGAACGAGGCCACAGAAUAGAGACAAACAGAAGCCCGUGUUCUUGGUUUUUCCUAUGAUUUUGGCAUAACCGUAAUUCGUCAUCAAAAUGCUGACGCCAUGAUCCUAGCCAGUGCAUUUAAUUAUGAGAGGCAUUCACCCCCAGACGUCCAGGGGGUGAAUGCUUUACAUAAGCGCACUGGCUAAGGACCAUGGUGUCAGCAUUUUUUUGGCUGAGUCGACCUUCUGUGUGUCUUUAUUCUGUGACAAGGUCUUUGAAUGGCUGGAUAGCUAUGUAACAAAGCUGUAGCAAUAAUUUUUCAACUAUGAAAACAUUGAUAGGCUGCAAAUUAAGGUCUAUAUAUUGCAUGAAAUUUAAGUAUGUUAUUUUCCAAUUAUAAAACUAGUAUAAAAUCUCAUUGCCUAAAGCCCGAAACUUUCUUCAUGCAUUUGUCAAUAAGAGAAUGUAAACCUUGGGUUAUGUUGAAUGGUUCGACCAAAACAAGCCAGCACAAAUGCCUCAACACCCCCCUCAAACGCCCCCACAUUCUCAUGCUUGGUUAAUUAUCUUGGCGCCAAAAUGCGGAACGUGGGUUGUAUAUGUGCAGGAUAAUUUGGUAGAUAAAUAAAUUGCUUUCCUUCCUUCAAGUCUAAAUGAUGGCAGGGAAAUAUAGUUCAAUCUUUGACGUUCGUCCUGUAGUUUAUCAUCAUUGGAAUAUAAAAACGUAUUUUGUUGGAACAGUUGCUGUCAUGCAGGUCGAAUUACUCUAAGUUUACCUCGGAAAGGGGUUUGAUUUCCUUUGCGAAAAGUUCACGUAUGAAAUAAAUCCAUUUUCACGUGUAAAGUGUUCCAGUACCACAGUAAGAAGUAAUAAUUUCACAUGUGAGAUUAAUUUUUACACAUAAUUUCACAUAUAAAAAAUUAUAUGAAACGUAAAAAAAUUCUACAUUUCAGAUGCGAAAUGACCAUUGUCACAUGUUCAAUGUUCCAAUUCAACAUAAGAUUUCACAUGUGAAAAAUUAUGUGAAUUUAAGUUCUUUGUAUGUUUGCAUGGCGAUAAGUAAGCCCGGAUCUUCAUCAGUGCUAAUAAUAUAUGAUAAAAAUUUGCUGUAAUAAAUUUACGUGGUGUUUCCACAAACAAAACUAUCAUGUGAAUUUAUUGGGAGUUAUAAAGGGCGCGGGAAAAUACAGGCACCACGCAGUUAUUAUUGUUUAGCCCGCAAAGCAGGCGCUCGCGGGCUUGGUUAAGGCAACAAACAAGCCUGUUUACACUUGCAAUAUUUGCUUCGAUUAUAGGUGCGAUUUCCUUCUUCUGCAUGUGGAUGACUUAUGAAUGUUCAGAACAUACUGUGUAUACUCACAACAUUCAUAACUCAUGUACUCGUUCACAUCCUUCAGAAGAAGAUAAUCGCACCAGAAUGGCAGCAGGGUCUUAGCUAGAGGGCCGUGUUGGCCGUGUUAUCGCGGCCAAAAGUGGAAAAACACGGCUAGAUAAAAUGAACGCGGCUUCAUUAUUUAUAUAAGGCCGUGUAGGUUCAUAAAAUAAGGUCUUGCUACUUACAACAGACAGAAUUUCUUCCUAUUUACGUCGUAAGAAAGUUUGUAAAAUCUACUGUUGUUGUUGAAAUUGGAAAAAGUGAUCUGUGAUGAGUUUAAUGUUUUGAUCGAUAAUGGGAACUGUAUGGUGUUAAAAUGGUUUUAAAUACCCCAGGAGUUGCUGAAAUAACUGGUUGCAAAGCAUAGAACAACAUGUUGUUGGCGAGCAUAACUAGAACCGUGAUUUUGCUAUUCAAGGUAAUUGACAUGUGCACGCCCUGGUCAUUAGAAACACGCCCAAGAUCUAAGAUCCUAGCUAAGACCCUGAAUGGGAGCAAAAAUUACACUUGUAAACGGGUCUUAACAUAGAGUAUGUAUGCGGAAGCCGAUUGCACUUGAGUGGAUUAUUAACUUGGUAGCGGCAAAUUUUUAAAAAAAAUUACCUGUAAUAAGUAUAACAAUGCCUAACUAUUCACACCUCAUAACCCUAAUUAGCUAACAAUGAAAUUUUCCUAAAUUUUUGUGAGGAAAUACAAUGGUUUUGGGACAUUUAUAUGAAAAGUCAUGCACCCAUACUCGUAAUAAUACAUGCAUAAUUCCUGUUAUGGUUGUUAUGGUAUAUGAUAUCUCAAACCUAGGACUUUGGUUUGUCGGAAUGUCAAUCGGUGUGAUUUCGUGAUAGGAUAUUUAAAUUUUAUGUAAAAGGUCUUUAUGCAUCUCUCGCAUCGGUGAAAACAACACUUAAGUGUUGGAAAAACAUCAAAAGUAGCGCUAAAUUUAAAAAAAUCGUCUCUUACUCCUAAAUAUAGACUAAACAUGGCAAACAUGCUCGUUCCACUUCAGUUUUCGCGCGACGAAAACAAAUAUAUAUAUAUAUAUAUAUAUAGGACAAGUCGGUUUGACUUUGAUAAUAUUUCGCAACGAUUUCGAAAUACGAAAGUAAAACAAAGUUUCCUAGUUGUUUAAUAUUGAACUAGAAAUUAAGAUUUUACUUGUUAAUUAGUUGCAGUAGUUUGAUCAAUAUUUAAGUAAAUAUUCAUAAUAAAUUGAUAUAGAAAUAUAGAGGUUCAGUAAGGUCCAUUUCUUUUUGGUUCAGCGUUUCUUCAAAAGGAAACCUAAACUAAAAACUAACCUUAUCUAUAUACAGGGUGUAUCAAGAUAAACGCAAUUCAUCUUUUGUGCUUAAUAACUUUCGAAAUACUAUUUCUAGUUAAACGCUUUUAGGCUUACUUCAAAGCCUGUUCUUUUCUCUUUCAAACAAAUUAUUAUCCUUGUCUCCAAUGCUAGUAAUAAUUGCACAGGAAAAGAUUUAGUAAACCUAUCAUUUUUAGUUGCUGUUUAAUUAUGCAAGUUUACUAUGUUAUUGUUUAAUCGGUUUAAAUGUUAGAAUUUUCUUCUUUAAACUUUAAUGUUGUCGUCACUACAUCUGGAAAACCACGUAAGAACAAAUUAAAAGUAUUUUAAAAGAGACCAGGUUGUUUGAAAAUCCUAAACGAAUGCUAAAAAUCGUCAAAACAUUCUGGUGUCUGAGCCAGAGUGUCAUCGAAUUGCGAUGUAAUGUAAACAGAAAUUAUAGCAAGUUGAUGUCAGUCAGCUUAGAUGGUCCAAGCCGAAAUUAUAUCGCAUUUGAAGUUUCAAACUGAGUUAAAAAUAGUGGAAGAAAAGCCGUAAUUAUACUUAUUGUUACAAUCCAUUUAAUAAAAUGCAAUAUUUUUUUGUUUUAAUGAAAAAAUCAGCGGUUAUUUGCAUGAGAACGAUUUGUUAUUCCAUCUCAAUUUUUUUAAUCUCCAAUCGCAAUAACGUAAAGUAUUAUUAGCCGCGAACCAAUGAGUCAAAUUUAAGAAACAACCCACUGUUAGAAAGCUGAAUGGCUACGCUUUAAAAUGAAUGUAAACUUUAACGUUUUCGUUUAUUAUUUGUUUAGCAAUUUACAUUUCAGUCGAGGAUUGCGCUUUUUUUGAUACACCCUGUAGUUCUUCCCAGACGGGUGCAGGAAUUGCAAGUACGAUUCCUGCCACAGAGGACGUAUAGUGUCAGUGUCUUCCCAACCGUUCCUGAUUAGAUAUAAAAAGUGUGUGAUAUAUAUCGUCACUUGAAUUUAAACCUAUCUACUCCAAUAUAUCCAUUAAUAAAGCCCAUCCUUUGUUCAUCCAGUGUUACUACAGGAGUAACCGGUCAUUUAGUACUGAAGAGUCUUGGCUAUAGAAACCACUUCUCGCAUGCGACUAUAACAUGAAAUAAUAAUCCUAUAUAUUAAGUAGCUUAUUUGGCUGAAAUCAUUGCUGUUUACUUAAGAUAGCUCCUUAUUUCUUCUUAAAUAAUCAUACGCGACUAAUCUUCAAUAUGCGAUGAAGCCUCUCGGCUCUUGGUUGACUAUAGUGACAAAAUCACAAAUCAAAACAAUACAUAAUUGUUUGUUGAUAUGGAGCUUAUUGAGGCUAGCCACUUGGACAAGGUAUAUUUCAUUAAGUACACUUCACUUGAGAAUCACCCGGAAUUCUGGCUAGCUGACACGCGUUGCUUCUACUCAAUGAUAUCAAAAUAUGGUUCCUGGUACCAGUGAUAACCUUUCAUCUCGGGCCUUAAUUCGACUUCUGUAUUGCGCGAUUCUCGCAAUACUCAAUCUCAUGUGAGAAUACUAGACACAAUAGGAGUUAAAAUAACUCCAAAAAUGUGUUGUUUUGUCACCAAAAGCGUUGACAGAAUUACUCUUUUGGAGUUGUCUUGACAUUUACAGUGAAGAAUGCUUCCAGUUUAACUUCACCAAACACCGCACAUGUUGUUUCUUAAGUUUCUCCGGUUUUCUCUUGUAGUUACACUGUACCUAGUUUUUUAACCUCCAGGGACCAGUUGUUCAAAGCUGGGUUAGUUUAACCAUGGGUUAACCUGAAAUUCGAAGCAAACUUUCUGACAGCUUGUCUAUAAAUUUGGAGAUAUUUCUUCAGAGAUCUUGUCUGGAUCGAUAGCAGUUCACUUCUCUGACGUUUUGAAAUACACAGAAGUGUAGAAAUACACAAACUACAACAGCAGGUUAAAUUUUAACCUAGGGUUAGUGCUAACCCACCUUUGAACAACCGACCCCAUGCAGUAUGAUAUUCUCAUGAUUAUAAUUUCACUUCAGUUGCGUGUGAAGAUGAAGCAGAGUGCCUGCUUCCAGAAUUUGACCAAACAACGCAAGUUUUUCCACCGGUAUUCCUGUUUCCUCUUGUAGUAAAUGUGGACCAAUACAGCCACAAGAGAUGGCCCUUAUUGGACCGCUAAGAACUGGUCAAGCUGUCUUGUAAAAUAAAGUAUUUUAGUUUAGGUUUCCUCUAUGCAGUAACAUUUAGAGAUAACCCUUAUUAGACCUCUAGGGGGAACAGUUGAAGGACUACAGUCAGUUUGGUGUAUAUAGCUUGUUUGUUUUUGUUUCCAUAUGAAUAUCUCGUAUGCAUGUACUUUAAGAAUAUAAAAGAUUACAAGGAUUUUAUCUGAUAGACCGCUACCAUCGUACAGCAGUAAGAUCAAGUGGCACCCUGUGGGGUCGGUCGUGGUUGUAUUUGCUUUAAAAAUUAAGAUACUAGAAAGCUUGCGUAAUCUUUCAGGAAGGAGUUAGUAUAUCGAUUAGUACCUCAUUAAAUAAGUAAAUAUCUCAAUCAGCUUACGAAAUUCCUGUGAUCAUUUUCACACGGAAUACGACUGUCGACUUAAGACUGCGUUGAGUUAUAGUACCAUUUUAAUUUACUUGUGGUUAACGGCCAUUUCCUUGCGGCCCGCACAUGAGUAUGUUUUUAAUAGUUUCAUGCAGUACUUUUUGGCAGUUGUUCAGAAAUGUUCUGAUUCUCUGAAAGAGUCUGUCUGUCCAAUAAGGAUUAAAACGUAGGUAAUGCCUUUGCGGCAGACUCUCACAAUAGUUUAAACUUCAAACUGUUAUGCUUGUGAUGUUACUCUGAGUGUAUAUCCACACCGGGCAAGUUUGAAAAAAUAUGCCUGUCCACGGUGGGAAUCGAACCUACGACCUUUGGAAUGUUAGCCCAAUGCUCUGCCAACUGAGCUACGCGGUCAGGUGGGUUAGGGUUAGGGUAAAAAUUCAAACUGUUAGUUCUCGGUGUGGGUAUAGUAGUCUUGGAAUGAAAUACACGCCUUUUGUGCAGGUAGAUUCUAGCGUAUAAUUUAAACGACAGGUUCUUAGCAAAGUGAGUGUUCUCGAGUACAUCACAUGUUACACGUGGUUCUCAGCGUUGGUAAUGGUUUCGAAUACACAUCCUUUGUGGUAGAUUGUCACUAGCAUACAAUUCAAAUGACUUGUUCUUAGCAUAGUGAGUGGUUUUCAAGUAUAUGUGCUGUUACUAGUCUAAACAAACACUUGGUUCUCAGCGUGGGUAAUUGUGUUGAAUUGUACGCGUUCUUUGUGGUAAAUUCUAUACCCUAAAGUGUAAACUUCAAACUGUUGUUCCUCAGUGUAGGUAGUAGUCUUGAAAUACACGUCCUUUGUUGUAGAUUCUCACUAGUCUAAACUUCAAACUGUUGGUUCUCAGUGUAGGUAGUGGUCUUGAAAUACACGUCCUUUAUGCAUGGUAGAUUCUCACUAGUCUAAACUUCAAACUGUUGGUCAGUCUCAGUGUAGGUAGUGGUCUUGAAAAUGCACGCCCUUUGUAGUAGAUUCUCACUAGUCUAAACUUCAAACUGUUGGUUCUCAGUGUAGGUAGUGGUCUUGAAACGUCCUUUGUGGUAGAUUCUCACUAGUUUAAACUUCAAACUGUUGGUUCUCAGUGUAGUUAGUGGUCUUGAAAUACACGUCCUUUGUGGUAGAUUCUCACUAGUCUAAUGAUCUUCCAACGGUUUGUUCGCAGUGCAUAUAGGGAGUGGUCUUGAAAUACACCUUCUUUGUGAUAGAUUCCGCUGGCUAAACUAUAUGCCAUGCACAUGGUCUAUAAAUUGGUCUAUAAAUUGGUCAUGACGCUCACUCGCUUAGGGGAGGUAACGGGAAAGGACAAGAUGUUGAAUCUUAUGUGAUCACUUGGAAAGCACAAACGUGUACAAUAUUACGUCCGGAGACUCAAACCUUUUUCAAGAACGGGAAACACUCGUGCAGUUCCACAUUAAUCACCGAAUACAGACACUAGUCAAAGUCAAAGUCAAAGUGACAAAGACUAUAAUAAGUCUGAGGAAAAAAAUUCAAACAACGAAUGCAUCGGUUUGUUGCGUGUUGUUGAUAAAUUUUUGUCUAAGUGCUCGUGAAAACGUUCUUGAACAGUUUAACGGCCAACAUUUUGAGUAAAUGCCAUUCUUCAGAAAUUUGGAAAGUUUUGUGGGCUAUAGUCACGCAACGGAUUUGACCGUUGGAUUUUGUUACAAUAUAUAAUCUGUAUUGAUUACCAACUUCAUACAUGAUACAACGGAACAUAGGAGAUAGGAAGGAAAUGAGGAUUAUUAACAGAUAAUACACAAACACGUCUGAUCUUUAAUGAAAUACUUUUUCUUCAAUUUUUACAAACUUAACUAAUAAACACCUUUGCUAUGAAAUGAAAAACUAUGGGUUUACAUCAAAAACUUUAUAUAUAUAUUGUAUAUUAGUAACGAUCUUUGUUUCAAGUACCUGUAUAGAUUAUAAUUAUACACUUCUAAAAGUCAUGGUGAUGCUUUAGGUUCAAGCAAAGAGUUUCGUAAUUUUCGUGUCAGGAUAGCAGAUUCAUGCAUGUGGUCGGAAAUUUUCAGAAAACGUUUGAAAGUGAGAUUAAAGGAGCGUAGUUCUUUUUCUUAUGCAUGCUCAUCAGCGGGGUUUACACUAUCAAAGUUUCUGUGAACACACUUAGGAAUUUUGCAUCGGUAAAUUUUGAAGGAUUUGUAAGAAAUGUUUGAGGAACUUAACACGGUUCCUCAAACAUUUCCUACAAAUUCUUCUUCAUCACCGAUGCAAAAUUCCUACUGUGAAAAGUUUGAUAGUGUAAACUAGGCUUUAGGAACAUGAAGACAGGAAUUAACAUGCAGAUUUUCUGAUAACUGCUGGCUAACCACAUCAUCUGCUGCACGCUAUAUAGUUCUCAGUGGAACCAACGAAUCACGUCACUCUUUGCAUGCCAGAUGGCCAAAGUCUGAGGACACGUUUCGUUGAUUGACAUGUUUACGAAAAGAUAACCGCACCGCUAAAGAGUCUUUUUUGUCUACUUUUUUCAGUUUGUAACUUUUGGAGUGUGCAUCAUAUAUUGAGAUCAUGGGAAAAUGAUCUUCCUCGACCGUAUGGCACUGGAACUUUCAAACUGAUAAUAUUCAAGCCAUAUUUACAUUUAUUUAUGCAAUUCAGUACUGUACUAGAAAACUACUUAAGUCAAGUAUAUAUGUUCAAAUAUUUAUAUAUACUGUCUGCGAUUUUUUUCUUAUCGUAAGAAGGCAUUGUUUAUCGUAAAAAAGCUAGCUGCUACAAAAUAUAAGUCCACCUAAAAGCUUUGUUUAUAGUUUAAAGAUUAUAUUAUCGAUUUUAAAACAUUUUCUUGACUGUGAGCCUACAGCAAAAAUUACAAGUCUGCACAAUUGCUUGACAAGUAGGUUCGUCAUGCCAAAUUUUGAACAAAGCAAAUUUUGUUGUAUAUCAAAACUUCUUUGUCUCAAACUGCACGCGUUCACCGUAUUAGAAAUACGUCAAUUUUGGCAAAGGCAAUUAAAAGUUGUCAAGAAUUCAAACUUGUUGUUGUUUUCUUGCUGUACCUCACACGUAUAAGGUCAAGGUAACUUAUGUGAUGUAAGAGGCUUUAACGUUUAAGUAUGUAUUUACAAUAAAACAAUAAACCGGCGUACUUAUUACCACAUGGCAUUAUAUAAUUGCCUGUUCCCCUUUGUUUAUGCCUCGCAGGCAUUUACUAUAAAGACAUUUCUCAGCUUUUCUCAACGUAGAAGUUCCCAAGUUGUUGACAAAAGCUGAGUCACGAAUGACGACAGCUCUUCUUAAUAUAGAUCUAAGUUGUUGACAGCAUUUUUGUGAGUUCCUUGAAUCACCAAGCUUUUUCUUCCAGGAGUAACGGGGGUUGUUCACAUAUGGAGCCGGCUGGCCCGAUUAACGGGGAGGAUUCGUGUAAUAAAGGUCUUAUCACAGCUUUCAUAAACACUUCAAAAUGACAUUUCAAAGUUUUGAAUUAGUUUAGUUUGAUUCCAAUGACGGUAUAAAGUUGUUCAAAAGAUCUUUUAUGGUUGUGAAAAAAAAUUCAUGACACGCUUCAUCCCGGGUAGCCGGUGACCCUGGCCCGACUCAUAUGAACAGCCCCUAAGUUAUUUGAUGGGAGAGAGUUCAUGAAUUUCUUGAAUCGUUGGGACACUUUUUAUCGGAGCUGCUAUUCUGCAACAUCAAUGAAUUUCUCGCGCCAACUUCGUUACACGAAUCGCGUUUUCUAUAACCACGACGGCACACGAAGGCAAGCACGGCGUUCUUCAGUUUUGGGUUGCGCAAACAAUAGAUGAAGGGGUCCAGAGUGGAAUUUAAGAACGCGAACGCAUCAGCCCAUGGGAGGUACCCAAACAGAAACUGCAUUGAAUGCGAUUGACCGUUGAUAACCGAGUAUAAUAUUGCCCCCAGCAUGGGUAGAUAACAUAUGACCAGACUCAAAAAGAUAUAGAAAAGCGUUCGUGUGCUUCGCUUGUCUUUUGCGAGGAUUUUUCUUGAGCUACGAGUAUCGCACAUUUUCUGCGCGGUUGCGCGCCGAUCCUUUGUAUACACCGAAGCCAUUUUCCCGAUUUUGACGUAGAUUACAGUGUUUGCAGCCACUAACGCGAUUAUUAUGAAUAAGGCCAUGAAAUAGUAGAUCACCACAAAAAAGUGGAAAAAUCGUAAACACGUCGUAACGAGCGCAAACAGCCAAAUUAUAAUCAUUGUUAUUUUAAUACGUCGUCUCAACGAGCUCGUACGAUACUUGACGGGGCAGAAUAACGCUUGGUAGCGUUCGUAGGUUAUGAGGCCGACGGAGAGGAACGAGACCGGCACACUGAAUUCAAAGAGUCGUCUUAUAACCAACCAGUACAAGCAGUAAUGUUGAUCAAAUAGUUCGAGCGUCAGACGGCUGAUCAUUAACGGUUGAACCAACACUGUUAUCAAUAAAUCUGCCGUGGCAAGAUAUGCGAGAAGCGUUGUGUUGAAUUCGUGCCGACGAAAUGUCUUGAAGUAAGCUAUGAUCACUAAGAGAUUCGCUACACAUCCAACUGCAGUCGCAAUGGCAGAUAAAACGAUGUUUGCCAUAUAGUUAUAAUAGUAGAUCCCAGUUGGAGCCUUGUUUAAGUAAUACACACCAUUUUGACACAAUUCAACAAGAGAUUCGCUGCCGUUCUCCCAAACUGAACUCAUUGUUGCAGCCAUGCUCACCUUCGCCAUAUGUUAAUGCUUUGAGAGCUCGCACCAAAAUGCGCCAAAAUUUGAAGAGGGCUUUAAUUUUUAUGCGUAAUCUUCACAAGCAAUCCCGCCCUCGCUAUAUUUCCACUUAUCAGACGUAUAUGUAGUCGGAAGUAUGUUACAAUAUCCGCUUACUGAAUCCUCUUCACAGCUCGAUGUGCAUUCAUGAUUUUCAUAUGAUAACAGUGUCUCCCCAGGAUAUAGGCUAACCUACGAACAGAGACGAGAAUUCGGUAUAAUUAAUAUCCAAACAACCCACACAAAAUCUCUUAUGCAAGAAUCCCGAAAACAAAACGUUAUACUAUAUGAACAAAUCGCGUGACCAUUCGUGUCCCC